AUGGCUGAACCCCAGCCCGAUUUCAGCGACGUCGCGGCCGAGGCUGCCGCAGACUUCUUCAACCAGAUUUUCGGUGUCGUUUUUGAAGCCAUUUGCCGCUUUGGUCGCAACCUCUACAACUCCUUCGCUGAAGUCAGCGUGGGUCGCUGGACCAAGGUUAUCUGCUCCGUGAUCUUCUACGUCCUCAUCCGCCCCUACAUCGAGAAGCUCUUCAAGUGGCUGUACGACCGGGACCGUCGCCUCGAAAAGGAGAAGAAGGAGAAGGAGAGGGCCGCGCUCGGUGGCAAGAAGGCUAAGAAGUCUGCUAACUCGCUGCGUGGUGGUGAGACUGGCAAGGUGCUGGGCGAGGUGGAGACUGAGGAUGAGCUUGAGGAGGGCGAGGAGAACCUGGCGCUGGCCAGUGGUGUGCCGGAGUGGAACAAGAUGGCUCGCAAGCGCCAAAAGAAGUACCUGAAGAACCUUGAGAAGCAGAAUGGAAAGCGCGCUGAGGAGCUUUCUGAGGAGCAGCUUAUGGAAUUGCUCGACUGGAGUGAGUCGGAGAAUGAGGAGGAGAAGAAGAAGAAGAAGGAUCUUUGA